AUGCUUUCUAUCAACGUAAUUUCACAACGAUUACGUGCAUUUUUGAUUCAAUACAAUGGUGGAUGUACUCAGGGCAACCUUGUCUUUGGAGCGAUUUCGAAGGACUUAUUGUAUUUUUUAUAUAGGGCUUGGAACAACUAUAAGGUUGUUAAGCCCGAUGUCCAAUACCUCGCAAUGUUGUUGGAUCGCGAUGAUGCGCCUAUCAAGCUGGAAGAACUUACUGAGGAAAAGCACCAGCUCCCCAAUGACGAGCUCUUCCAAGACUACCUGAAACACCUUUUUGAUCAAGGAUGUCCAAACAAGGGCUUUAACUACCCGGUACCUGGUUGGAUCUUGCACCUGAUCAAUUUCGCUGCCACCAACAAUGCGGAUAAAACGAUACCUCCCCAAGAGAAAAUCAUUGCGGAAGCGCUAGAAAAAGAGGUGAAGGAUAUCUGGAAAAGCAUUGAGGGCUUGCAGAAAAACCAGAACGACUGCAUACAAGCCGCCGCCAGUAUGAGCGGGCCAGGCGCGGAGAAUUAUAUGCGACGGGCUGACCAGCGUAGAAGGGAAUGGGAAGCCCUGGUGGAAAAGGCAAAUCAGCUUAAAAGACGUUAUUAUCUUGCCGAAAACAACUUAAAAAGUAUUGACCUCCACUACAUGUCAAAUCGCGGUGCACUUGCCCUGAUGAAGGAGCUGCUGCAACUUAAAGCAAUAAAGACGGAUUUGGAAGUUGUGACCGGAUAUGGAGCAAGCACUGGAUCCAGCGUGACCAAGAACAAUUUUCUGCAAUUCCUUAGUGCAAAUAAUUACAGCUACACCCGGAAAAACGAUGGAGCAUUCACUAUCCACCCUAAAAAAUUUGCCAAGGUUUCUCGGUUUUCCUUCGGUCCGGAUACAAGAAGA